GUCUGAAACAGUCACACUAAGAAGCGGGAAGGUUUCUGGAUCACUUCAUCCUCUUUUUCUCGAUGAAUUAGUUUAAUAAUGGACAUGAAGGUCGUUUUACUCUUCACCGCUUUUCCUUUGAUCCUGGCACAGCAUCGUGUCAAGUGUCCGACUGAGACGAUCCAGGCAGACGAAGGUGAUGAUGUUACACUUAGGUUUGAUCUGGAUCCCCGGGUCAACCUGGAGGAUUAUACACUGGAUGUUAGGAGAACUGACCUCGAGGAGGUCGUCCACAUCUAUCGAAGUGGAAAGGACCUCACUGAUCCACAGACGGAGCGAUACAGACACAGAACAACUCUCAUCCAUGAAGACCUGAGCAGAGGAAUCAUCACACUGCAGAUCUCCUCAGUUCAGCUGAAGGACAGUGGACUGUACCAAUGUUUUGUCCCAGAGCUGAGAGCUGGUUGUACCACUGUCCUUAAUGUUGUGAAAAAAGUCCAACACAACAAGACGAAGACAGAUGAUGUCAUGACCAGCACCUCGCCACCAAACCCUGAUGCUGAGACGGUGAAUGUCGGUGCCGUUGUUGCUGGAGUUCUUGUUCCUGUUCUUCUUAUUAUUAUCAUCAUCGUCCUGGUGAAACGUGGAACCAUCAGGAGGAGUGUGGAGAGGCUGCAGGGAAGAAGGGAGCAGGAACCAGAGAAGGAGGGAGGAGGAGGAGGUAGAGGAGGAGGAAGAUGAGGAGGAGGAAGAGGAGGAGAACCUGGAGAACUCUGCAGAAACAGCUUGUUAAACAUCAUGUCAGAGGUGUAGUGGUGGUGGAGAGAUGCUGCUGGAGCGAGAACAACAACCAUUCACUACCUGAUGGAUAAAAAGCAGAUUCCCAAAGCUUCUACUGAACUAAGUGACAUUAAACCUCCGUGUGAAGACGAGUGAAGGUGUUUAAACACAACUCAAACACAACAGCAGUCAUGAUGAGUUUGGGUCAGAAGCACAGUUUUGGAAAAGGGAAAAUUUCAUAGAGAAAACAUCAAUCAAAUAUACAGGUUAAUAUAAAAACAGGGACCAGUCAGUUUACACAUACAAAUGAAAUGGGAACAGAUGUUGUUGGUAAUCAGGAAGUGUGUGUGUGUGUGUGUUUUAAAUGUGCUUAUUUAUUGUUGCUACUGGACAUUGAAUUGUAAUAAGCUGCAUAUUAAUAUGGUUUUAAGAACAUUCAUUGCGUUUUAAAAUCUUUGUUUCAUGACUAAUUGUUAAAUUCACGACACUGUAAUGACUCCAAAAUAAAAUCAUGGUAAACAUCACCCAUUAAAGAUUAUGUGAUGUUUCUAAUCAGGACUGUUUUAUAUAUAUAUAUAUAUAUAUCAUAUAAAUAUAUGUGUUAUAGCAUUUUUAUAAGAAUUUAAUGUGAUAAAGAAUAAAGAGUUUUUUCAGCAACCACCUGUAUCUGUAUUUAUGCUCUAAUUGCUUUUGCUGUAAAUAAAUGUUUUAUUUCUUUUGCA